ACACUACGCCAGGAUAAGAACUUCAUGGCGGAUUAAGUUAAAUACCUACACAACACACUUCUACCCCUUUGUGUUGGGAUUUAGGUGUACGCAUUAGGCCGUUCCAGUCCUGGUUGUUUUGUUUUACGUUACUGCUGUUCAGUUGGAUUUAAACUUGAAUGGAAAGAACGGCUGCUUCACGAAGAUAUUAAUUUCUGAUUACCUAGCAAGAAUUGGUGGUUGUAGAACCUGGGAACAUCUGUUUGGUGGAAUAUAAUCAGUAGCGCGCUGGCAUAGGAUUGGGAAAAUGCGGUGGUGUGUGUAUGUGCGGUGUGUUCUAUGUGUGUGCCUGGUGGUGCGGGUAGACGCUGUUCCGCUGCGUCUGUUCUACCCCUACGGAGAGUCGCGUGGGGACGAAACCCUUGACAGGGGCGAUGACGUCAGCUCACAGGAAAUUCAGCUUACGACCCCUAUGUUCUUUUACGACGGGUUUUACCCAAGUGUAUUUGUUAACUCAAAUGGGCACCUGUCGUUCGAGAGCGAGUUGCCUGGGUACCAGCCCACCAUGGUGAUGCCCCUGGGUCGGGAGAUCAAACUUAUAGCCGCCUACAUGGCCGACAUCGACCUCAGCGACGCCGGGCAGGUCUUCUACAGAGAAACCAACGACGAGGCCCUUCUACAGAGGGCGGGCAUGGACGUGCAGGCACACUUCUCACAGUUUCCAUCUUUUGAGCCCCUCGGUCUAUUUAUAGCAACAUGGGAAGGCGUAGUACCGUACGGUAGCCAGAACACCAGCCAAGUCAACACAUUCCAAAUCGUGGUCGCCUCGGACGCGCUCAACUCCUUCGCAAUUUUCAAUUAUCUGGACGGAGGUCUUGUGUGGUCACAGAGCAGGGGCAAGUUCGCCGAUUCCGGUAGCCGUGAUCCCCCGGCGCAGGCCGGAUUCGACUCCGGGGACAGCUUGCACAAGAAACUGCCUCAUUCCGGAACUGACCAAGUCACGCGCCUUGCUGUCGACUCGAACGCGAACUUGCCCGGCAUGUGGAUGCACCACAUCGGCAACACCAAGGGCUCCAACGUGGCGGCAGCCGACCUAAACACCGGCGAUGUUGUGAUAUUUGAACCUCAAAUGGACCAGAACACAUGUCACAGUGGCAGACGACAGUGCCACACUGACGCGCUCUGUACGGACUACGAGACGGGUUUCUGCUGCCACUGCGCACCGCCAGCGUACGGAAACGGCCGGCAGUGCGUCCAGCCGGAGGCCCCACAACGCCUGGGUGGAAAGGUUUCCGGUACGAUCAACGGCGUCGCCUUCAGCGACCUGGACAUGCACUCGUUCGUGGUGACUAAGGACGGGCGCGCCUACACCGCCGUCAGCCGUAUCCCGGCUGAAGUGAGCGUCGGCCUGAUGACCUUGAAUACAAUCGGCGGCCUUAUCGGCUGGAUGUUCGCCCUCAUCGGGGGACCGGGUGCGAAGAACGGAUACAUGUACACGGGCGGAAGCCUCAACAGGACUGCGCGUAUCCGGUUUCAGAGGGGUGGAGAAGUAGUAAUCACUCAGCGUUUCCUCGGGCACAAUGUGCUCAACAACAUUCUUAUGGAGACGAACGUGCGCGGAGACGUGCCGAAUUUCGGAGAAGCGGACAGAAUCACCGUGGACGAUUACAAAGAGGAGUACCGCAAAGUCCGUCGAGGCGUUAUUGAGUCGACGUCGGAUCGCACGUUCCGUCUGAACGAAGUCGCGUAUCAGUACUCCUGGAACCAGACGAUCACAUUCGACGAGUGCGAGCACGCGCCCGCCGGUCUUGAUGGCGGCGGCAACUACAUGCGCCUCUCUGUGAGCCGGAACUACAUCAACUAUGACCCGAACGAGCGUGUGGUGCGCUACGCCAUGUCCAAUAAAGUGAACGCCAUGACGGGUUCCGACCCCUGCCAAGAGGGCGCCGCCUCGUGUGACCGCAACGCCGCCUGCCUAUCGGAUGGAGAUACGUUCCGUUGCGAAUGCAGGACAGGAUUUAUCGGGGACGGACGAACAUGCCAAGACCUAGACGAAUGCGCCACUGUGAACACGUGCGACGCGAACGCGGACUGCGUCAACACCGUCGGCUCCUUCACGUGCCGCUGUCGCUUUGGCUACGUCAUGACCGGGCGCACAUGUACACGCGAUGUCGCGCUCUGUGGUGGCGUCGUAUGCGACGACAACGCAAACUGCGUAUUUAAUGACGUCACAAACACCCCGAUGUGCGAAUGCAAAGUUGGUUUUGCCGGAGACGGAAAGACUUGCAAGUCUGUUCAUUUUGACUGUAACGAGGCGGACAUUUGCCACGCGAACGCAGAGUGCGUGUUCAGCGACGUAGAGGAGCGGUACGUGUGUGAGUGCACUGACGGCUUCAGCGGGGACGGUCAGUACUGCGAUAGGCUCGAUAUUGAAAAUCGCUGUGACGAGUGCGACAGGAACGCCGAGUGUAUCUAUGACAUCAACAACCUCGUUUUUCGCUGCGUCUGCAAGCAGGGAUAUACCGGAAGUGGAACCACGUGCACAAAGAUUGAUCAACCAGACCUCGCGGCUUGUGACGACUGCCAUCCAAACGCCGCCUGCGUUUUCAGCCAGGACAGCCAGCGGUAUAGGUGCGUCUGCGCGGUCGGGUACCAAGGUGACGGCACUCGCUGCUCGCCCGCCUACGACUGCCGCUCGGGUAACGUGUGUGAUGUCAACGCCCGCUGCGACCGCGACGCCAGUGGCAAUCAUGUCUGCGUGUGUGAGCGAGGAUACUACGGCGACGGUCGGCGCUGCGAACCGGAAGGCUGCAACGUAGCUAACAACUGCGACGUGAACGCUCGUUGCGUGACUGACCCGCGUGACACGCGUCGCUACAUUUGCCGCUGUAACCCCGGCUUCUCCGGCGAUGGCACCGUGUGCAUCAUGAGAGUGAUCGCAUGUAACGAGGUGAACAACUGCUCCCCCGACGCUCAGUGCGUUUACGACCCGCAGUCUAGCAGCUAUAGGUGUCGCUGCAAUAGGGGAUUCGAGGGCGACGGCAUCACAUGCAGAUACAGAGAGGUGGACUGCAACUCCAACCCGAGCAUGUGCGAUCCCAAUGCCGUCUGCGUGGAGGCGGAGGGCAGGUACUCGUGUAUCUGCCGCCAGGGUUACCAGGGAGAUGGACGAAGAUGCGAAGCUCUACCGGAUGUGGAGAGUUAUCUGGUCUUCUCCCGCGGCUACUCCAUCCACAAGGUACCCACGAAACAAAAUGGCGACCACUCGGACGGCUCCCGAGUAUUGUACCUUCCUGACGAGCUUGCAGUGGCAGUAGCGGCGGACUGUGCCGAGCAGAAGUUCUAUUGGACAGACGUGAAACAUGGUCGUAUCUCGAGGGCGGACCUCAAUGGCUUCAACAAGGACGUGGUUAUAAAUGGAUUUAGUUCACCUGAAGGGCUUGCUGUUGACUGGAUGUCGCGCAACCUCUACGUCACCGACUCCACCCUCGACCUCGUUGCAGUGGUCAACAUGAACGGCACGUAUCGGAAAACGCUGAUCAAUACUGAGCUGCGCGACCCUCGGUCCAUCGUCGUGUCACCUAUGCAAGGGGUCAUGUUCUGGACGGACUGGUUCCGGAACAAGCCGGUCAUCGAGGCGGCCUACAUGGACGGCUCCGACCGCCACGUGUUCGUAGAGACCGGUCUGGGACUGCCAAACGGUCUCGCGUACGAUCCCUACUCGCGGCAGCUCUGCUGGGGAGACGCCGGCGUCAACAAAAUCGAGUGCGUGCAGUACGGGAGCUCGGCGGCGGGACUUGGGCGCCGCGUCGUUAUGGAAAAGGUUCCCUACCCGUUUGACCUGGCUAUAUAUGGCAGCGACAUCUUCUGGUCGGACUGGACUAUUCGCGGCAUACCCCACGUUGACAGGGUGACGGGAGAGGAAGGCAAGCCGCUCUCACUUCCGGUUGGAGGCAACGGGCGUCUGUACGGCGUCACCGCCAUCGGUAGCUACUGCCCGGCAAGAGAAAGUCUCCAACGCUUCGGCUGCGCUUUGAACAACGGCGGCUGUAGAUAUCUCUGCCUCCCUAAACCAAAUGGCGGGAGAACUUGUUCCUGCCCUGACGACAUCGAUAGCGUCACUUGCGAAGAAAUCGCGACUCUUACAAAGAAAAAAAAGUGAUCUACGGACUUUGUUUAAAAUGCUUUUUAACUUACUAGUUUCGCCAAUUUUGUUUUCUUACCAAUAUGUAUACAUUGUGGCUUUUUAAUCUUGAUUUAAGUCCAAUAUGUUUUUACAUUUUUAUACAUUAUGUUUUGGGAAAUAUUUCUGAAUGAUAUGUCUUUUCAUUUGUGCGGGUAGUGGCCAGUACCAAUACCAAUAUUGUUAACCAAUAUAUACUCGUCAGUAAAUUUGCAUGUAAAUUCUAGAUUGUCCUUGUCACAUGAUACAAUGGUGCAUCUGUAGUUCGGGCGAUGGUGUACGUUAUUGAACAUUCUGUGCGAUAGAUGCUGUCUACUUUUUCAUUUAGAUGUACAUAUAUUUUCACGUACGUCUAUGUGGAGGGUUUUCUUUGAUAGAUACACCGUACAUGAAGUUCAUAAUGUGUUUUUGACUGGUACCACUGUCGUUGAUUUCAUACUAUAACAUUAAUACUAUUUAGAGCGUAAUUAGACUAAUGUUGAAAAGGCCAGUUCUUUGAAGUUUGUUGAGAACAGUUUUUCUUCUUCUUUCAAUUGUAUAUAUGUACAUGUUUCGUCUGCGUUAUAUCACGAGUUACAUUUAAGGAAUCUACUCAUAUAGAAAGUAUCUGAUUGUUUGCAAUUUUAUCACUUUUCCAGUUGAUCUAAUUUAAAAACAGUGCAGAUAUAUUGAGGAGAAAAAAAACAACGCAUAUAAUUCAGUGCCGUUCCCAAUUAACAUACUGUUCGUGUGCCAAAUUAAUCUAAUUUUCAGUCCAAGUUAUUAAAAUAUGUUUCAUUGUGGAAAAACGGGCUUACUGCAUGUUCGUUAACCCUUUCAGUGCGGAAACCGAAUUUUGAAGGCCUUUGCAAACAGUUUGGAUCCAGAUGAGACGCCACAGAACGUGGCGUCUCAUCAGGAUCCAAACUGUUUGCUUUUCUGAUAGUAUUCUUUGAAGAAAAUGCUUAUUAUAGAAAUUCUGCAGACGACAUUCUAGCAGACAACAAAUUUCCCAGCAUGCAAAGGGUUAAGUGUUGUUCCAGGAUAGCAUUGUAGUCUGCACAGCCUUAUCAGGGACGACACUGUCUGGUUUUAUGGAUCCAGUCUUGGAGGUAAAACUCGUUCCUGAUUAGCCUGUGCGAGCUUCACGUGCAUUUAUUCUAGUUUUCCCAAAACGCGACGUAAAUAAUAUUUUCUAUAUGUAUCCAGGUUAUCAUUAGUAUGAAUUAAAGCUCCUAUGUGAAAGCCUAUUGAUUUUGUUAGGUUAGAAUGCUUUUAUUGUAUAUUUAUAUUAUGUGUUCUCUGUCGGGACGAACAGCAACAAAUACUAUUAAUUGUUACAAGUAUAUUUUUCCUGGUAUAAUACAUUGGCCACUCAAUGUUAAUUUAUGACCGUAUAGGCUUGCAGAAAAAUGUAUUAAAUAUUCUAGUUUACAUGUAGUUAUAGUGAAGAUGGUGUUCUUAAACAUAGUAGUAAGUUUGUUCUACGUAUUGCCAAUCAAUUUCAAUUUCAAAA